AUGCUGCCUCUGUCACUUCUGCUGCUGGCAGCUGGCUUCCCAGGUGGCGGCAGUGAGGAUGCCGUCCAGGGGCAGACGUCUUUCCGGCUCAUCCAGAUCUCGUCCUUUGUCAAUAGCACCUCUGUCCAAAACCAGGGCUCAGGCUGGCUGGACGAUCUGCAGAUCCAUGGCUGGGACAGUGACAAGGGCACUGCCAUCUUCCUGAAGCCCUGGUCGAAGGGCAACUUCAGUGAUGUGGAGUUAACUGAGUUGGAGGACCUAUUCCGAGUGUACUUCAUCGGAUUCUCUCAGGAAGUGCAGGACCGUGUCAGUGAAUUCCACUUUGAAUACCCCUUUGAGGUCCAGAGCUCAGUAGGCUGUAGCCUGCGUUCUGGGGAGCCCAUAGUAAACUUCAUGAAGGCAGCUAUAGACGGACAGGAUUUCCUGAGCUUCCAAAACAAUAUCUUUGUGCCUGCCCCCGAGGGCGGCAGCAUCGCAGAGCAGGUGUGCACGCUCAUCAAUCAGUACCAAGGCAUUCGUGACACCAUUACGAAGCUCCUUCUAGAAACCUGCCCUCAAUUUCUCUUGGGUGUCCUUGAUGCAGGCAAAGCGGAACUGCAGAGGCAAGAGAAACCUGAGGCCUGGCUGGCUAAAGGCCCCAGUCCUGGGCCGGGCCGUCUGCGACUCGUGUGCCAUGUCUCUGGCUUCUUCCCGAAGGCCGUGUGGGUGAUGUGGAUGCGGGGAGAGCAGGAGGAGCGGGGCACUCAGCGAGGUGACGUCCUGCCCAACGCCGAUGGCACGUGGUACCUCCACGCCACCUUGGAUGUGGCAUCUGGGGAGGUGGCCGGCCUGGCUUGCAGAGUGAGGCACAGCAGCCUCGGCGGCCGGGACAUCGUCCUCCCCUGGGAACAUUCCACCUCCAUCGGCUUGAUAGUUUUGGGGCUCCUGGUGCCCCUUUUGGUCCUUUGCAUAGGUCUCGCAUUAUGGUUUUUGAGGCGCUGGGCAUAUCAGAAUAUCCCAUGA